AUGGACCGUGAAACACGGCAAGAGGGAGAGGUCAUUGGCUCAACGCCAACGGUUCCGUCAACCGCAAGUAUUCCGCUGCCACGGAUAUCAAACGACGGUAUAAAUGACGCACGGCCACAUGUACCAAACAAUGGAGUCGAGAUAAAACAUGUUCCCCCAGGAGACAGUUUGGAAGGGGCUCAACCCAACGGUGAUAUCGAGAAAGACGCACAGGUCGGAGAGGCUGCAUGCUCGCCGGAUACCACCACUGAGAAGGACCUGAAUCUGGUUCAGUGGGACGGGCCGUCCGACCCAGGAAAUCCUUUGAACUGGAGUCUCGCCCGGAGAUGGUAUAUCACCAUGAUCAUCUCCUUUGUUGCAUUAUUUGUCAUGUUCUCGAGCAGCGUUUUCACACCAGCCACUCAGGUAACUGCAGCGCUGUAUCACGUUUCAGAGGUGGUCAUGACACUAGCGACGAGUUUAGUUCUACUCGGGUUCGCAUUUGGGCCAUUGAUAUGGGCUCCAUUAUCCGAAUUGUACGGCCGAAUGAUCCCUCUAUGGGUCGGUUUCAGCGGUUUCGUCAUCCUCCAAAUACCUGUAGCAACAGCUCACAAUGUUGAGACGAUUUUGAUUUUCCGAUUCCUGAUCGGAAUUUUCGGCUCCGCCACGACCGCUACUAUUGCGGGCAUCAUUUUUGAUAUCUGGGAUCCUGUUAGACGCGGAGUUGCAGUAGCGAUAUUUGCUGUGGCAACAUUCGCUGGGCCUGUUGCGGGUCCUAUUUUAGGGUCGUUCAUCGUCGAUUCGGAUCUCGGAUGGCGCUGGACCGCAUGGCUGACCUGUAUUCUCUCUGGACUCUGUGCUAUUCUUGGAAUCGCCACAAGUCGAGAGACUUAUGGCCCUGUCAUCUUGCAGCGUCGUGCUGCCCAGCUCCGGCAAAGUACAAGGAACUGGGCGCUCCACUCCGAGUUGGAUGAACACAGGCCAACAUUGGGCGAUAUCUUCACCAAGUACUUCUCCCGCCCGCCGCAGAUGUUGAUUAUGGAGCCCAUCCUUCUAUUCAUGACGAUCUAUAUCGCCAUCACUUACGGCAUGCUCUAUCUCUUUUUCUUCGCAUAUCCCGUCUCCUUUCGCCGGGACCGCGGCUGGGAAAACGCAGGUGUCGCCACUUUACCCUUGCUGGGUCUAUCCCUUGGUAUCAUAGCUGGUCUGGCUGUCAUCGCCUAUGGCACGAAAACCCACUUCACCCGUAAGAUGAAGGAACAUGGCAGUGUUCCCCCUGAAGAGCGGCUCCCCGAAGUAAUCGUUGGCGCUAUCUGCCUACCCAUCGGCCUUUUUUGGUUCUCAUGGACGUCCAGUCCAGAUAUAUCCUGGGUAGCGCAAACUCUUGCUGGAAUCCCCAUUGGUAUGGGCAUCAUUAUCAUUUUCCUGCAGGGAGUCAACUAUCUUAUUGAUGUGUACACGAUUCUUUCGAAUUCUGCCGUCGCGGCGAAUUCGUUCGUGCGAUGCAUUUCCGCCGCCGCUUUCCCCCUCUUUGCUGUGCGUAUGUAUGAAAAGCUUGGGGUUAACUGGGCUGGGAGCCUGCUGGGCUUUUUGUCUCUGGCAAUGGUUCCGGUGCCGAUUCUACUUUAUGUUUAUGGGGCGAGAAUUAGGAGUAUGAGUCGCUUUCAAGUUAGGAAGUAG